AUGGCUUGCAAGGGUAUUCGUAUCGGUCCCAGGUACGGUAGCAAGGGUAGCUACCUUACCCAAGCUUGGAUCUCCCGAGUGGUUGAUGUUGCGGAGAGGCAGGUGCUGCGUGGCUUCAAAGGGAAAAAGUCCUAUUGGUAUCACCGGGAGUCACCGCAUGUACUGUGUAUUACCGGUACGAUACAGCAGUUCGAGACGCAUAAGCCGCCCGAAUCCCCCAUCUCGGGAAACUUUGGAGCGGCUGAUUUGGUCCGGGCAGCAGGGCCCUCGCACAGCCGUUGGAGGGGGGAGCCACCUUCUAGAGUCUCUCCCGUCCUGGAGCAACCUGCGCGCGGGCAGAUUUCGGCCGAUCCCUAG